CUCUCUGCCUCUCGUUUUAGGCCCAACACAGUGAUGGUGAGCUUUCAGAAAGGAGAGAGUGUUGGCUUGAGGUUGGCUGGAGGAAAUGAUGUGGGAAUAUUCAUAGCAGGAGUUCAGGAGGGCAGUCCGGCUGAAGAAGAAGGUCUCCGUGUGGGGGAUCAGAUUAUGAAGGUGAAUAACGUUGACUUUCGGGGCAUUGUGCGAGAGGAGGCCGUGCUGUUCCUGCUGGAGAUCCCACGGGGUGAGGUCGUGACCAUUUUGGCACAGAAUAAAACUGAGGGUGAGAGCAAGAGAACACGAGCCUCGCUCACCCCACACACAUUAAACACACAAAACU